UACAUGCAUCCCACACAUUCAAGGAUAUGCAAUUGAAGUGAAAUCUCUGUGUUAUUAAGUUUUACAUGGUAUUGAGCCUUACUGUCUAACGACAACGAUCCAUAUUUGUUUUUCCUCGCUUCCAAUGGCUGAAAACAAUGGUGCUUCUUCUCAACCAUUCAAUCCCGUUUCCCCAAACAAUCCCACCUAUCCCUUUUCCUCCAUGACGUGGUAAACAUUAAGCUAGACAAGACCAACUACCCACUGUGGUUGGCCCAAAUCUUUCUUAUUCUCAAGAGUCGAGAUUUAAUGGGGUAUGUUGAUGGCACUCUGGUGUGUCCCUCGAAGCACAUGCCUGGUGUGGCAACUGUUAAUCCUGCCUAUACCUUCUGGAUGCAGCAGGAUUAAAUGAUCAUAAGUUGGAUCAAUGGCUCACUUACUGCAUCAGUUUUGUCUGUUGUGGCUAGCAAGCGAAGUGCUAGAGCAACCUGGGAAGCGCUCGAGCAGCGGUAUGCUUCUUUUUCACAAAAUAGGAUUUUAUUUUUGAGGAAUGAAUUGUUGCAGACAAAGAAUAGUGAUCUUUUGGUAGCCGACUAUUUGGAUCGCAUGAAUGUGAUUGUUGACAACCUUGCCCUAGCUGGGCAACCUGUGAGUGACGAUGAAUUAGUACAGAUUGUGUUGAACAAUCUUGGACCAGCUUUCGAGAUGACAGUCAGUGUUGCUCAAGCUUAUGAUACACCUAUCACGUAUCUGACUCUUGAGGUGUUAUUGUUAACCAUUGAAAGAAGAAUGUUGGAGCAUGCUGCUCCUAUGGUGGAACAAGCUUCUGUUACGGCCUUUGUUGCUGCAAGAAGACGAGGUGAAGGUCGUGGUGUUGGGCGCAGUGCUUCUCCUUUCAAUCGUGGUGGAACGUCGAAUCAACGAGGAUUCAACCCUCGUAAUAACAACAAUCAACGCUAUGCUUCUGGAAAUGGGGAACGAUGUGCUUCUACUGGUGAGCAUAUUAUCUGCCAGAUAUGGCAAACCUGGUCAUCCAGCUCUGGAUUGCUAUCAACGAAUAAACGCUGCUUUUGAAGGCCGCAUUCUUACCAAGCGUCUCUCUGCCAUGGUAUCGUUUCCUACUACUCUCAAUAAACAAAAAAAUGGCAAUUGGUUACUGGACAUAGGAGCCAAUGCGCACAUCACUCCGAAUCUGCAAAACCUGGUAAACCCGAAGAAGUAUAAUGGUAAUGAUAGUGUUGGUGGUGCAGGACCUCAAGACCCGGAUGACGCUUUUUCAAGGGAGAUAUGAGAACGGCUUAUACCCGUUUUCAGGUGGCGGUUGACAACUUCCAAAUCAAGUUAAAGUCUUUGUAGGGGUUCGAGUUUCUGUUCAAAAAUUGCACGUCUUGGUCAUCCUGCCAGUUCAACAAUAAAGUUUUUAAUUGCAAAUAAAUUGGUUCCAGUUCAUGGUACCUCCAAUGUCACCUUUUGUCAGUCUUGUCCAUUAGGAAAGAGCACCAAGUUGCCUUUCAAAGUGUCAGUGUCUGUUUCCAAUUGUCUUUUGCAGCUUCUACAUUCUGAUGUUUGGUGUUCUCCAAUUAUUUCCAAUGAAGGUUUUCGUUAUUA